AUGGAGUCACAUGAAGAGCAAUGCUUACCAAUCCUCGACUUCUCCCAGAGCAAACUAGUGCCAGGCACGAGUCACUGGAUUGCGACCAGAGACAAGGUCCGAAAAGCCAUGGAGGAGCAGGGUUGGUUUGUGGCAGAGUUCAAUGGAGUCUCAUCAGACCUCAGGGAGGACUUGCUCGCGGGCAUGAAGGAGAUGUAUGAUCUGCCGUACGAGGUCAAGAUCAAAAACGAGAACCACAAGGCCUCCCAUGGCUACAUGUCUAUGGCCGUCGACGAUUACCAGAUCCACGAGAGUUUGGGGAUCGAUUAUGCAACAGAGCUCCAAGCUUGCAAAGAUUUCUCUAAACUACUCUGGUCACAAGGAAACGAUCCCUUCUGUCAAACCACACAUAUGUACGCAAUGGCGCUAGCGGAGCUGGACCAGACGGUGAUGAGGAUGUUGUACGAGAGCUAUGGAAUGGACGAGGAGAAGCACUCGGCGAGUCAUUCCGAGUCAACUCGAUACCUGUUGAGGAUGCUGAGCUACCGGAGACAGCGAAACGGCGAAGCAAACACGGGUUUUGUAUCGCACACUGAUAAGAGCUUUAUGAGUAUCCUCCAUCAGAACCACGUCGGAGGUCUCCAGCUGAAAACCAUGACCGAUCAAUGGGUCGGGUUUAACCCGUCGCCGACAAGGUUCGUCGUCCUCUCCGGUAUGGGCCUUACGGCGUGGAGUAACGAUAGGAUAAAGGCGUGUUACCACAGGGUGGUGAUGAGCGCAGGUGAGAUUCGAUACUCUUUGGGGUUUUUCUCCUUCCACAAAGGGACGAUCCGUACGCCGGAGGAGCUCAUCGAUGACCAACAUCCCCUCCGCUACAACCCGUUCGAGCACGACGGUCUCUUACGCUUCUACGAGUCGUACCUCAAUUCCUUGAAGAAAUCCAGCCAAGACCUUCUCCAGAUCUACUGUGGCGUCAACCCCUGA